AAUUCCAACUGAAAAUUUACUAAUAAAGUGUAAGCUCACUUCUUCUUCUUCUUCUCCUUCUUCUUCUUCCCACUUCCAAUCACAAAAACCCAUGGAAUGAAAAACACAAACAAAAGGCAGAAUUGAAAAACACAAAACAGCUUCAACAACUUCUCACUACAAACACCACACAAAAUGAACAUUGUCUUAUGAUCCCAACACCACCCACUUCUCCACCAUGCUCAAGCUCCUCAAUACCAAGCUCCGCCGCUUCUUCCUCCUCCGGUGGUGGCCACUACGCCGCCGUAGUUCAAGGUGCAAAGUAGUCAUCACAAAGAAGCCCAAAAACGACAACCCAAAACCCCAAAACGACCCAAGCUCGAAUCUUUCCACCAUUUCCGAUCAAAACGCCCAAAUGGGUACUCAAAAACACGAAAAACCAAUUCGCAUCGCAACCUUCAACGCCGCACUGUUUUCCAUGGCGCCAGCGGUUCCACCUCAGAGAACAGAGAAAGCUCAGAACUUUGACGACCAAAACGGCGUCGCUUCGAAACAACGAAGACCCUUUGACCAAAAUUCGAGGCCAAAGUCAACGAACGAGAAACCGAGGAGCAUUCUGAAGCGUUCUCAUUCUCACUCUCCCCUUCAUCAUCACAUACCCUGUUCUGAAAACAGAGCACUCUGCAUCAGCAACAAGCAUCAACAACAGCAACAACACCACUUUUCGAAAUCGAAGCUAAGAGUUUCGAUUAAUUUACCGGAUAACGAGAUCUCCAUGCUGAGAAAUCGCCAACCGAGCUUCUCGGAGCACGAGAAGAUUGCGGCGCGAAACGGGUGGCAGAGGAAGACGGUGGUGGAGGUGCUGAAAGAGGUAGGUGCUGAUAUAUUGGGUUUGCAAGAAGUGAAGGCAGAAGAAGAGAAUGGGAUGAAGCCACUUUCAGAUUUGGCCAAAGCAUUGGGAAUGGAUCACUUUGUGUUUGCAGAGAGUUGGGCACCUCAGUUUGGAAAUGCUGUCUUAUCCAAAUGGCCCAUUAAAUGUUGGUCUUCCAUCAACCUCUUUGAUCACUCUGAUUUUAGGAAUGUUUUGAAGGCUACUAUUGAUGUACCUCAAGUAGGUGAACUCAAUUUUUAUUGUACUCACCUUGAUCAUCUUGAUGAGAAUUGGAGGAUGAAGCAGAUAAAUGCAAUAAUUCAAUCUAAUGAUGAGCCUCACAUCUUAGCAGGAGGCCUUAAUUCAUUGGAUGAAUCAGAUUACUCCCAAGAAAGAUGGACAGAUAUUGUUAAGUACUAUGAAGAGAUGGGAAAGCCAACACCAAAGGUUGAAGUGAUGAAAUAUCUCAAAAGUAAACAAUACACAGAUGCUAAGGACUUCGCCGGAGAAUGCGAAUCGGUCGUUGUGAUUGCCAAAGGCCAAAGUGUUCAAGGGACAUGCAAGUAUGGAACUCGAGUCGAUUACAUAUUAUCGUCGUCGAAUUGUUCGUACAAGUUCGUCCCCGGGUCCUAUUUAGUCCUCUCCUCAAAAGGGACUUCAGAUCAUCACAUAGUGAGAGCUGAUGUGAUGAAAGUAAAUAGCAAUAAUGAAGGAAAUAAUGUGACAAGAAAAACUAAACAAGAAAGAAAACAGAAAGUUAUAAGAAUAACACAUGAGACUCCCUCUAAAGGUAUAUGGAAAACACACCAUGGAGAGAUAUAUUAAUUUGCUUUAUUCUCUUUCCUUUUUAUGUAUAGUUCGAAUUAGUGUUAUGAAUUUUUGAAUUUUGGAAAUGGGGUUAGUUUUGGUUUUGUUGGUGCUUCCUAGUCCUAUGUUUCUGUAUAUGGUGUUCUUCAAAUAGAUUUUGCAUAAUAAUAAUAAUAAUAAGUGUGAGAUGUGA